GAUGGCGUUGGAGAGAGCACGAAUCAAGCCAUCCCCCAUACUUAUCGCAUCCUCUCCCCACGACUUUCGCCUGACUCUCGCUGCUGUUGACCUGUCUGUGCGAGCUGUUGUCGCGAUCUCUCAUCAUAUCAAGGUGAAGUUGUGAGAGAGUAUCGACCAUCAUGAGCUGAACCAAUAACCAUCUCCAUCGAUCGACUUUGGUGGUCUUUGUACCUACAAGGACAGAUUUUUUUUCUCUUGUUCGACAUCCACGACUUUUUCGGGCCCACGAUUUCGCGAAACCACGGUUAUUUUACACUCUCGUGUCGGGCUGUUUAAGCCUUCAGAUUCCCCUCGACCUCCACUCACAUCUCAUCUCAGUUUCCAACCUCUUGCAGUGUUAUGGCUGUGAAGGAAAAGAAGAAAACAAAAGUCGCUAUGGGUUCUACAUCGGCUACAUCACAUAAAACAUGCGAGAGUUCUGUCAUGGUUGACUCGUCAGGACUUUUGCAAACACUUCAAGGGCACGUUGAAGAAGUUCGUGCACUGAUACAAUGUGGUAUCUGUGUUCGGCCCUUGUACGAGCCGUAUACAUUGGCGUGUGGCCAUACUUUCUGCUAUGGAUGCCUCACAUCAUGGUUCAGUAGCGGGAGAUCUCACAAAACUUGUCCAGACUGUAGAGCUCAAGUCAAGAUUCAACCGGCUCCUGCAUACUUGGUCCGAGCCAUCGUCCAAAUGUUUACCAGUAACGCGGAACUCUUAGAAAAAGGCGAAACGACGGCAGAACAUUCAAAGAAUCAACGCGAGGAAGCGGAAAAACUCGAAAAGGACAAAACAAACGACAACCCCACUACCGGUGGUCUAUUUCAAGGUUGCUUCAAGCCUAAACCCCAUCCCAUGGGUCCCAUUUUCGAUGCCGAAGACGGCGUAGCGAGGUGUCCGAAUUGUGCUUGGGAGCUCGAAGAUGACGGCUGUCUAAAUUGUGGAUAUCAUGUUGAGGACGGUACGAUCGACUCCGACGAUUACUCCGAAAUGACGGACGAAGAUGACGAGGACGAAGACGAAGACGAGGAUGAAGAUGAAGACGAUGAUGAUGUAGAUGAUGAUCAUUCUACCGACUAUGAAGGUGGAUGGGGGGACUACGCGCCUGAUAUACCAUUUGAUGUUGCCCGGCAGGUAUACGAUGUAGUCGAUAUGGGUGAGCACCCUAUUUUUGGGCAUCACCAUUACCAAGUUCACAAUCAUCAAUUCAUGCCACCUCUCUGGUUAGGAGAAGGUAGUUACAGCAAUAUGGAUCAAACAGACGUUUCUUCAAUGACCCAUACGAGUGAUGGUGAAUCUGAUGAUUCCGACAACUCGGAAGAAGACGACGAGGAUGAGGAGAUGGACUCAUUCAUCGACGACGGUUCUAUGCACUAUGAGAACAGUGAAGACGGAUACAACACAGAUCGGUCUACGGUAGUAGGUGAUCGAAGCGAUGAAAUCGAUCCGGGAACAGAUCCCGAGAGCCCAGAAAGCUAUGGAGGUCGCUGUCCUGAUUUCCAUCAUAGAUCGGAUCCCGAGGACGAGGGCGACGAAGAUGAGGAGGACGAACCAAUUCGACCAGCACCCAUUCGAAGAGCGGGCCAGAAUCCAUCGUACCGAAGUAAUCCCAUCUCUAGAAUGGGCUUGAGCAGAAAUUACAGGGGGCCUGCACCAACCUCCCCGGUUCAAAACCGCCCAGCUAGCGGGACAUUAUUCGGUAGAGGAGUAGGAGGAGGAGCUUUCAGAAUGCCUCGGAGAAUCUCAAUAAACAGUUCACCUCGCGCUUCUGGCGCCGGGACAUCAGCCACUAAUGCGAUCAACGUCGAAGAUGACUCUGAAGACGAAAUGCCAGUCCCCGCAACAAGGAGAUCGAGAAACAAUAGACGAUGAAAGAGCCGCAUACACCAAAAAUAAAUUGGGAUAAGCAGCCUCAACACGAGCGCAGUGGCUAAUCGGAUAGGGAUAAUGCCAUUCUGUUUGGAAGGGAGAAUAUCAUUAAUCAUCAUCAGUAACAGAACACCCAUGAAUAUCCACAACAUAUUGCCAUAUGACCGUCAUGAUCAACACAAUAGCAUUAGAGCAGGAGUAAUAGCCAAUUGAUGAAAUUACUUUCGUGCCAGGAGAGGGACAAUAUAUUAUUUUAUUUGAUUUUUCC